CACACAAUUGUGUUGUCCGCGGUGUAGAAGCCGCUUUCAUUUGCGUCUUCUGAUUGGAUUCAAGUUUUUCAAGGUACUACAUGGUAUCUCGCGGCUUUUUUUUUAUGUUUGAGUAACUAUUGUUGCUACAUAUUACUAUUGCAAGUAGUACACAACAUUUCGGUAAAAGAAGAACGAAAACGAGGAGAAAUUGAAUAUGGGUCGCUAUAGAAGUCGGAGCCGUGAUAGAGACAGGAGACGCAGAUCCCGUACAAGGUCUCGAAGCAGAUCUCCACGAGACAGAAGAAGCUGGGGAGGUAGUGGCGGUCGAGAUCGAGGCGGUGGCAGAAACAGUCGUGGCCAGCCUGGAGCAAACUUGAGGAAACCUCGGUGGGAUCUGAGUAGAUUGGAACCCUUCAAGAAAGAUUUUUAUAUACCGCACGAGUCGGUUCAAAAUCGUGACCUUAGAAUAGUGGAGCAAUACAGAAGCGAAAAAGAGAUUACGCUGAAAGGAAAGAAUAUACCUAAUCCUGUGUUUACCUUUGAAGAGACAGGCUUUCCGGACUACGUUCUGAAGGAGAUCAAGAGGCAAGGUUUUACCGAACCAACGUCGAUCCAAGCGCAAGGAUGGCCGAUCGCUUUGAGUGGAAGAGACAUGGUUGGAAUCGCGUCGACCGGCUCCGGAAAAACAUUAUCUUACAUAUUACCGGCGAUCGUACAUAUCAACAGUCAACCUAAAUUGGGUCGCAAGGAUGGACCUAUCGCGUUGGUGUUGGCUCCUACCAGGGAGCUCGCGCAACAAAUUCAGCAAGUCGCCGACGAUUUUGGACAUUCGUCCGGUAUUAGAAAUACUUGUUUGUACGGCGGGGCACCGAAGGGAGCGCAAGCUAGGGACUUGGACGGUGGUGUGGAGAUCGUGAUAGCUACGCCGGGUAGACUGUUGGAUUUCCUGGAAUCCGGUCGUACAAACUUGAAAAGAUGCACCUACCUGGUACUGGACGAGGCGGAUAGAAUGUUGGACAUGGGAUUCGAACCACAAAUUAGGAAAAUUAUCGAGCAAAUUCGACCAGACCGGCAAACGUUGAUGUGGUCUGCCACGUGGCCUAAAGAAGUGAAAAAUUUAGCCGAAGAUUUCUUAAAGGAUUACGCGCAGAUCAACGUCGGUUCCCUGCAAUUGGCUGCCAACCAUAACAUAUUGCAAAUCAUCGACGUUUGUCAAGAUUACGAAAAAGAGAACAAAUUGAGCACGCUUUUGAAAGAAAUAAUGGCGGAAAGCGAGAACAAAACGAUAGUGUUUAUCGAAACGAAGCGCAGAGUAGACGAAAUAACUAGGAAAAUGAAGAGAGACGGCUGGCCUGCUGUUUGCAUACACGGUGACAAGACGCAACAAGAAAGGGAUUGGGUUUUACAAGAUUUUAGAUCCGGAAAAGCUCCGAUACUCGUUGCAACAGACGUUGCUGCUCGUGGUCUUGACGUUGAAGACGUCAAGUUUGUCAUCAAUUUUGACUAUCCUUCCUGUUCGGAGGAUUACGUCCAUCGAAUCGGUCGAACAGGUCGUCGUCAAAAAACCGGUACAGCUUAUACAUUUUUCACGCCGAACAACUCGAACAAGGCCAACGACCUAAUCCAGGUACUGAAAGAAGCGAAUCAAGUUAUAAAUCCAAAGUUGCUGGAGCUUGCAGAUAGUAAAAGCGGUGGAUACGGGAGACACAGAGGCGGAAGAAAUCGAUGGCGAUCGAGGGGUGGCCGCAACGGAAAGGAUCGCAGUUACUCCAGAAGCAGAAGUCGAAGUCACAGUAGGGAACACAACGGCCGCGGGAACCGUCGGAGUUACAGCAGGAGUUACUCUCGAAGUCGUAGCCCUGUUGGCGGCAGCAAUCGUACAGAGGUUAUCGGUAAGAGUUACUGGAGCAGCGAAAGAUGAUCUUCCACCAGUGGUUAAGGACCAACGCUCGCUUCACGAAUCGUGAUUCUCUUUUUUUUUAUACCCCUUUUAAACUAUUCCGGACACACGAUAUCACAGUCGCAGUCACGGUCACAAUCGCGAUCACACUCCUGCUCGUACUCGCGCAUCGUACACCUGCGUCGUAAAAAUAUUGGUGUAACAUCGGUGUUCUCUCGACGCGCGAACGUAUAUCGCUUACGGUUCUCGCGUAUCGUAUAGUUAAUUAUUUUAGAAAAGACGAUGAGACAAGAUAAGAAAAAAAAAUACAAAAGAAUGAAAUAGAAUAGAAUAGGAUAGAGUAUACGCGCGCGCGCGCAUCUCUGUCCCGUGUCGCGGAGCAACGACGAUACGAUCGCGGCAUAUGGAUUCGAAAGGGAACCCGGGAACAGUCGAUCCGUCUGUAUACGCAAAAAUCCGUAGGUUUCUACGAUUUUACGCCUGUACGUUUCUAGAAUCUUCUCGCCUCGGUUACUCCCUCGAGCUUCGAUACCGUAGGGAAACGUAGAUCGUAAGCCUGAUCGCGGAUACGUUCGAUCAACGUUUUCUCAUCGUAUACAACUUAUAUAUCUUUUUUAACGACACCGUAACGUUCGAUGUAUCCGAAGUCCGAAGUCCGAAUUCCGAAAUCCGAACAGGCUUCGCAUAAUUACGACCGAACGAAUGCGUUUAGAAGACGAAUCAUCGCCCAAAACCUACACCGAUUCUUCGAACACGUAUCACUAUUUAUAGCUUAUAGCAACUCUCGUAGAUGGCUAGUGGUUGCUAGCGAUUAAUUCGUACACGUAUUCAAGCAUUUAAAACUAAUGGAAUAAUGUACAGUAUUUAACAGAAAUGUCAUAAAUAAAUUUAUUAACUAUUUAA